AUGAAGUCCCUCCGACGCCGGUCCCAAUCCAAUCCGCGCAAGAACAAGCCCGUCUUCAAGAACUUCCUCGAGUUUCUGGGGACGGAUGUAUGGAGAUUACCAACUCUUAAUUUCCUCGAGAAAAACUCAAUUUGUAAGCUAUUUUUCACAUACUAAUAUUAUUGUGAUUACUGUAGCUUUUAAUCAUACUUUUUUAGUAUUCAAUCAUGAUCAAGCCAAGCAUGAACUCUGUGUGCAAGCUCACGAAAAAUACACCGAAUUGGUGGACGCUCUCAUAGAAAGCUAUUGUAUUGACACAAAUAUUGAGCUAUCUGAACUGGUCACUUCUCUAAAAUCUCAAGAUAUCCAUGUAAAAUUGACGGAUAAGGAGAGAAAACUUCUCGAACCAGUGCUGGCUGCCCAAGAUUUCAAUGUUUUUGUACAUUUAAUGACCAGAAUCAACAUCGAAUUACAAUUGCAGGCCGUCAGAAUGUUGGAGGUAAGAUGAAAUUUGAUUACGGUAAUCUUGUAAGUACUGUGUUAAAGUUGGUGAUUUCAGCACAUUUGUGGAGUAAAUCCAGUCUCCUUCAAACUCAGCGAUGAAGAAGCCGAACUGUUCCAAAAUCUUCUUGAUGAAGACGAAACAGAAAGAUAUAUAAUUAUAUCAGUCUUGAAGUAAGACCGAUAAAAAUAUUAUCUCAUUCUUUACAGACAGAGCAAAGAAGAGUUCGAAAGGGAUGAAAAGUUACGAAAGGCAUUGGAAGAAGCCUUUGAAGCAUCGUUGGCGGAGGUAAAAGAGUUGGAGAGACAACGGGUGGAGGAGAUCUCCCAACUGGAUCAUGCUAUUGCCGGGGCAAGUCAGCACAAAAAUCAUUGGACAUAAUUUUUAGACCGAAGCCGAUUUGAAAAAAAUGGAUAUUAAAUCAGAAUCCUCGAAAAAAGCUGAAGAAAAAUCACCCGCGGCUACGACAAAUGGAAUCAGAAGAGCUUCGGCCGCGCCUUCACUUAAACUAGGGGCCGUUAAAGCGCCGUUGAAACAUCCAGCGAUGGUAAGAGUACAAAUAAAUUAGUAGUAUUCCUGCUUAGAGUCUGACUGAGGAGAAAACGCCAACCGGUGAGAACAAGUUCGACUUUAAAGUAAGUAUUUUGCACUCGACAACAAACAUCAAUUAUUUCUAAGGGUCUUCUUCACAAAAAAUCAACUGAUGACAACGACAAAUUAAAGCAGAGAACAGAAUACCUGAAACAACAGCGAGAUAAACUGAUCGAGGCCAGACAGAAACAAAGAGAAAAGCAAUUAAUUGAAGCGGCCCAAAGAAAUUCCACUGAUCGGCCGCGGACUUCACAGGCCGCGCGAGGAGCCCUCAAGGGGAGUUUCGCCAAAUCUGAGAACAGCAUGGAUAUGGUAGAAGCCAGAAAAGCCAUUGCUAACAGAAUUAGAGAACAGGUCAUGGGCCAGAAAAAAGAAUAA